UGGCCGUGCACGUGCCUGCACUCCGACACGCGGACUGGCCGCUGGUGUGCCACCCAGACGCGCUCGUCGGGCCCAUGGCGGAGGAUGGCAGGCGGCUCGAGGUGUUUGCGGGCGCGUGGGCGGUGCAGACGCCAUGGGGCGUGCUCUCGCUCUGCCACCCGCUGUUUCACCAGAGUCGGGCGUGGCCUCCGAAUGAGCAGGAGGAUGAUCUGCCGGACGGCGUGGGGGUGGACGACGGAAUGUUGCGCGCGGUGUUGGACGAGCAGGAUUUGGAGUUUAGUCCGGAGAAUAUUGACGCGAACUACGUUGCGCCAGCGGAAGACGAAGAUUCCGAUUAUGUUUCCGACGAGGGAUGCACAGAGGAAGAUUCGGAUAGCGACGGGGAGAGGGAUGAGGACCGUGACCGUGCGGAGCUGCUGGCGGGUUUCCGGAGGGGGCAGGUCGUGAGUACACCCUUGGAGUCUGAUCAGGAGGACUCGGACGAAGAGCUGUAAUAGUUGUCAUGGGAGAAAGGGAGCUGAAUAGAACCGGCCUGAGUGGUCAUACGACGUAAGCCCUAUCCGUAUAUUCGUUAUAAC